AUGGCUGCGAUCCAUGGGGCUGCUGGCGUUGCCAUUGUGCCCUCUUUGUCAAGGAUCUAUGUGUCCUUGAUGAGCACCACAACGGGUGUGCCACCGUCGAACAUGCCGAAGUGGGCCAUCGAACGAAACGAAGAGUCGGCCGUGUUUGCGCUCAGCUACUUUUGGCUGCGCGACAUGAAUACCGUGAAGGACAAGGUUUACGAACUUAACAUCGGUCACUGUAGUGUUGCCCAGUGGGAGCAGCACUUUCGCGAUGUCUCCUCCGCGAUGUACAGAAGGAAUCCUCCAGUUGUUGGUGGGUUCGGAUGCACAGUGGAAAUUGACGAAACGCUGGUGGCGAGAAGGAAGUACAAUCGUGGCCGAUGGGUACGCAGACACCAGUGGCUUUUUGGCGGUAUCGAGAGAGGGAGCGGACAAGCAUUUCUGAGGCUAGUGCGAAGGAGGGACGCUCCGACUCUGCUUCGUCUUAUCGGAAAGUAUAUAAGACCUGGCACGACGAUUAUUAGUGACUGCUGGAGGGCAUACAGUCAGAUCGCCGCACUGCCCAAUGCUUACCGGCACCUCCAGGUCAAUCACCAGUUGAGUUUUGAGACCCACAAACUGGUGUCCAUACACAAAACGUAG